AAAUAGUAAUUUUUUUUGGCUGGUGGAUGUGCUGCGAUACGUUUCUAUUCACCUUCACCAUCCUGCCCCUGCGUGUAUUGCUGGCAAUCGGACAAAAAGUAUGGGGAUUGAUCACUUUCAACCGGAAGCCGCUAAGCAACAAUCAACAGUGCGACAUACUGAGAUUGAUUAUCGUCGUUGUUGUUUCGACCUUUCUGCAAAUGCUAGACGCCAGCAAACUAUACCAUAUGAUUAGGAGCCAGGACACAAUUCGAUUGUAUGUGAUCUUCAAUGUAUUGGAGAUUUUGGAAAAGUACUGUUCUUGGUUAGGGCAAGAUAUACUGGAUGCGCUAUUCUCCCGGCAACGAGCGAAACGCGUAUUCAUCGUCGCAAUCGGGUACACGAUAUUGCACUCGCUCGUCUGCUUCUGUCAGGUCAUGGCGUUGCAGGUAGCAAUCAACUCCUACAACCGUGCGUUGCUGACGAUGCUGGUAUCUAACCAGUUCGUGGAAGUGAAGGGAAACGUCUUUAAAAAGUAUGGUCGUGAACAAGUCUACAGAAUCGCCUGUUACGACAUCGUUGAGCGGUUCUACUUGAUUACGUUUCUCGUUCUGAUAGCUAUGCGGAAUCUCAAGGAGCUUGACUGGUCGUGGUAUCAACUAGAUCGAGAGGCGUAUCUUUUCCUGGGAGUAAUGAUGAGCGAAGUAGGUGUCGACUGGAUAAAGCACGCCUUUCUGUCCAAAUUCAAUGGCUUCUCCUGGGUGGUUUAUCAGGACUUGCGCAAUGAUCUAGCACAGGAGUUCGUGCUGAGUUACGCUGUCGAUACCCAGGCUGCAUUGUCUACCAGUCACAAACGGAAAUUCAUCGAUCAAACGCACCUAGUUUCGAGACGUAUAGGCUUCGUUGGUCUACCAAUCGCUUGUGUCUUUGUUCGAAUCACGAUGCAAUCUACGCCUGUUAUACCAUCGGGAAUGACUGGUGUGCUUCUUGGACUUUUGGUCUGGCUAUGCCUGUUGAUGGUGAAAGUGAUAUCGUCGAUUACCAUCUUGGGUGCUUCAUGCCAGCUAGUGCAAUUUGACCGAAAUUCUAAGGUGUCCAAUACUAAUGAGAAGAAGUCAGGAACGGGCUUUAAAGUCAAUUUAGCAAACCCUCCGGACAGAGCAACCCCUGUGAGUGCAAAGGCUCCCUCCCCUCCCGCAAAGCCCUUCAGGACACCGCUCCGUGAGGUUCCGCCAGUCCAAUCUUUUACAGAGCAGGGCCACGUAUGGGAGAAGGUAGAGGCUGAUUGGGACGAUGCAACACAGAUAGUGGCCAGACGGGAGACUAUUGCUUGUUCGCCUAGUGAGAAGCGAAUGAACCACCGUGUGAGGUCCAAUCCGCCAUUCGUAGGUACCACUCGUAGCAAAGGGAGGAGUAUUGUGCGAAGCCAACUGCCGCCCAGAGAGCCGAGACAUGGUCACUUGAGGACUGCAGGGAGCUUGGAAUUGAGUUCGGGCAGUAGUAUCGAAGACAUAGGUUUGCCCAUGAGAAGAAGCCCUACUCUCCCGCCGUCGCUAGAUGACCUGCAGACGACUAUCGCGGCAAACUCAUCACAGCUGAACACGCUCCAACGCCGGACAGGACGGUGGCCGUCAGACCUGCAUCGCUCUGUCGAUGAUCAAUCAGGUUGGGGGCGUCACCGGAGUUCCAAAGGGACCAGCAACUCCAAAAUCAAGCAGACCACACAGCCGCUACAACGCAUGCGCCGACAAACCUCCGACGUCGUGCCACGUACGCACAAACAAUGCUCGUCACCUGAGCUGGUGGCAGACCCAGACAUCAAAGCCGCCACUCUGUUGUCACGGAAUUCAUUCUUCGAUUCCUUGCCUAACUCGCCGGUACAGGCAUCCCCAAAGAAAGGCGCUGAGAAACUAUCACUAGCCUCAGUAUCGACUGUCCCAGUGUCGGGAUUAACUCAUGUUAUGCGUGUACAUUCGGGCACGUCGCAGACGUCGAGGCAUUCGUCUAUCUCGGUCUCUCCGCGUAUGAAUAUCAGCCAGAGAGCGAUGACCAAUCGAAAGCACCCUGCUAAAUCGAGUGUCACGGAGUGGGCCUCGAGUAGCCCGCCUGUGACCGGCAUGAUUCUAUCGCCCAGAGAGACCGGAUAUGAUCUUAGUGAUGGGAAACCUGUGCAAUCUGAGAAGCAAGCAUCGAGUGACAAUCCGGAUGAUUUAGUUCCUCAGCCAGUGUUGUUGCACGAGGCGAAUUCUGGGCCCACAUUCGCUAGCUUGGACAAGCUCGCUGCUGUAAACGACUCAAACCAGCAGUCCGAAUGAAUAAGACGCAAAUAUAAUGCUUAAUAUCAUGAGCAAUAAACGCGAUAUCUCUUGAUUGGAACGGAGAUGCAAGUGAACGAGUGUCUGCAAUAAUAGCGACAAUUCAAUCACAUGUGCAUACAGAAUGAAGAAAAUGGUAUAAAAAGUAGUAUUAAC